AUGCAAGUUGCGCUGGCGCUCCUCGCCGCGCCCCCGCCCACGAACAACACUUACUGUAUGGCGUGCGAGAUCGCUGUCAAGGAGGUCAUCAAGAACGGAUGCGAGUGGGCAAAGGACGGAUGCACGUCGCUGCCCGCGCCUGCAAACCAGCUCUGCGAGUGGGCGGUCACGGCGGGCUUGUGUCCGUACCUCGCAAAUUUCUCCUCGCCUGUCAAGGCCUGCACGGAGGUUGGCCUCUGCGGCACGAGCUGCGAGUGCGGCGUCUGCCGUAAAGAGGGCUCGGGUGAGCACGGCAGGUGCCUCGGCGCCCCGCACUCAUGCGGCCACGUCGCUCCCGACCCAUACUCUGCCAUCAAGGGAAUCCGGCGCGUGGCCCGCGACGGUCGGGUGGAAAGCGCCCGCGCGCUCGAGGGCGCCAACUUCUGCGUGGACGGUCACUGUGGAGACGAUGGCAGCCUCGGCUGCUGCCUGACGUGCUUCUGA